AUGCCUGUCCUGUCAGAAGAUUCAGGUUUGCACGAGACCCUCGCCCUCCUGACGUCCCAGCUGAGACCGGACUCCAACCACAAGGAGGAAAUGGUGUUCCUGAGAGACAUAUUCAGCGAGAGGAGUCUCGGCUAUUUAAUGAAGAUUCACGAAAAGCUGUGCCAUUAUGAAAGGCAGAGCCCGGUCCCAGUUCUGCACAGCGCCUCGGCUCUAGCUGAAGACGUUAUAGAGGAAUUGCAGACUACACCAAUGAAUAAUGACGAAAAAGAACUGCUGCAAUUGCUGUCCACUCCUCAUCUCAGGGCCAUGCUUGCUGUACACGACACGGUUGCCCAGAAGAAUUUUGACCCUGUCCUCCCUCCUCUGCCGGACAACAUUGAUGAAGAUUUCGACGAGGAGUCUGUGAAAAUAGUUCGCCUGGUGAAGAAUAAAGAGCCUCUGGGUGCGACGAUCAGGCGGGAUGAGCACACCGGAGCUGUGAUUGUGGCGCGGAUCAUGAGGGGAGGGGCCGCUGACCGUAGCGGUCUUGUUCAUGUUGGAGAUGAGCUGCGGGAAGUCAACGGGGUUGCUGUGCUUCACAAACGACCGGAAGAAAUUAGUCAGAUUUUGGCGCAGUCCCAGGGGUCGAUAACGCUGAAAAUAAUCCCGGCUGUCAAAGAAGAAGAUCGCCUGAAGGAAAGCAAGGUGUUCAUGAGAGCCCUCUUCUCCUACAACCCGAAAGAGGAUAAAGCGAUCCCAUGCCAGGAGGCCGGGUUGCCAUUUCAGAAAAGGCAUGUCUUGGAGGUGGUGAGCCAGGACGACCAAACGUGGUGGCAGGCCAAACGUGUGGGCGACACAAAUCUCCGGGCAGGGCUGAUCCCCUCAAAGCAGUUCCAAGAAAGGCGUCUGAUGUACAGAAGGACCAUUGGAGCGCUGCACAACGCCAGAAGCGUCACAAAACCGCUCUACGAUCAAUCUUCUGAGAAAGAAGACUGUGAUUGCGAAGGAUACUUCAAUGGGCAAUAUAUAGCUGGCUUGAGACGGAGUUUCCGGCUGAGUCGAAAGGAGAAGCAGAAUGGCCAGAGUGAAGCCAAGCAGGUUGAACAGCCUCACCCCUCGGAGCUCCUCACCUAUGAGGAAGUGGUCAAAUACCAGCAGCAGCCAGAAGAAAGAAAGAGGCUGGUGGUUUUGAUUGGUUCUUUGGGGUCCCGUUUGAAUGAGCUCAAGCAGAAGGUGGUGGCAGAGAACCCGCAGGAGUACGGCGUUGCCGUGCCACAUACCACAAGGUCGAAGAAGAGCCACGAAAAGGAAGGUGUGGAGUACAAUUUUGUUUCCAAGCAGUCGUUUGAGACGGAUGUGCAGCAUAACAAGUUUGUAGAGCAUGGGGAGUAUAAAGAGAAUCUCUACGGGACAAGCCUGGAGGCAAUUCAGUCGGUCAUGUCCAGAAAUAAAAUUUGCCUUGUGGAUGUCGUGCCUGAGGCUGUGACGCACUUGAGGACGGCGGAGUUCAAGCCGUAUGUGGUGUUUGUGAAGCCUCUCAUCUCAGAAAAGAAAAAGAACGCCCCAGCGUCUCUCCUGACGGAUGAAAUCUUCGUCCCACUUGAUGAGGAGCAGCAAGAAAUGCUGAGCUCGGCUGCCUUCAUCGAAGAGCAGUACGGCCACCUGAUUGACACUGUCCUGGUGAAGGAGGAUCUGCAGAGUGCCUGCAGUCAGCUGAUAACCAUACUGGAGAAACUGAAUACAGACUCUUUCUGGGUGCCAGUCUCUUGGGCCAGGUUGUAGUCUGCUAUGCUGUGCCAAAGAACGAACGGACGAAAGAGAACGAGAUAUACCUGUUUGAUAAUGCGCUGUAAAUAAUGCGGACGAUCAAAAGGGGUAGGAGAAAAUUAACUCUGCUGGAGCAGCCAGUUUGCUUGGGAUGCAAGCAAAGAGAAACCUUCCUCUGUGUGGGAGCAGAUUCUGAUGCAACAGGAAAAAAAAACAUUGCAAUGGAAUGGGAAAGCGCCACAGGAUACAAUCCAGAGGGGGGUUUUUUUGUACGCCACUGGACAAUAGUCAUGUCAGAUUCCAGGUGUCUGGACAGAAGCCUUUAGCUUUUGGGAAACUUGCAAUUGUAUUUGUUUGUUUGUUUGCAGUAUUUCUAGGCUGUGCUGUAACGAAGAUCGCGGGGCUGCUCAGGACAAGAAUA